GAUAGGUUCCCAAAGUGGCUGAUGGAAAUAUGUGCAAUUUUUUUUUUCUUUUCUUUUCUUUCUCCUCUUCUAUCUCAUAUCUCUCUGUCUUCUACUUUCAAAUUAUCAAUAAAACAGAAAAAACCACUCAUACCAUAUAUUCUUCAUUCAUCUUCAUUAUCAUUCUGCAUAACAACUUAUAGAAAGACAUGUCCAAUCCACCAGAUAACACAAGCUCUACAGUGAAAAAACAAACGCGACGAUUUGCACCUACUAUUCGAGGUCGAGGACGAGGAACUAGUCGUAGUAGUGAAUCAACACCGAGUUCUUCUGAACCCACUCCAGAAUCAUCUACAACAAAACCAAUGGAUUCCGAACCUACCACACAGAUUGGUCAUAUGCGACCAGAAGCUUCCUCUGAAGGUCGACUUUCUAGUGUUCAUGGACAAAAGACAAGAGGUGGUGCAGCAAAGAUGAAAUUCAAACCAACAAUUCCAACCAAACGAAACAAAAAAGAAGUAUCAGCUAUAGAUGAACCAACCAAGACCGAAUUAGAAACUCGGGAUAGCUUCCGUGGUCAACGUGGUGGAAGAGGCGAUGGACGUGGACGUGGUAGAGGAGGUCGUGGUCGAGGUCGUGGUCGAGGACGUGGUUUGAUUGUGGAAGAAGUGACGGCAUCUGGCAUCUUUUCUUUAGGUCCUUCUGCAAUGUCAACUCGUGCUCGAUCUGGUAUGACUGGAAGUAGUGGGGCUUUUGCAACUUAUGGUGGUGAUUCUUCAAGACAAGAACAGGAUAAUGGCGCAGAAACUGAUAUGAGUAUUCUUUUUGCAAAUGCACACGACGGUUAUACUCCUGUUGUUUUUCCACAUGUCCCAAGAUUGGCUGGUGAAUUGGACCCUGCUGAUCUAACUAAUCCCAAAGGCAAGAUACCCUGGUUGACAACCACAACAAAGUCCGAGGACAAGGAAUCAACAGACACAAAGGAAGAAAAAAAAGAGGAUGAUCAAGCUACAAAAGUAAAACUUGAACCAACUACAGAAGAAGAUGCUAUGAAGAUUGAUUCACCACUUGAACAACAUGAAGGAAAAGAAGAGACAAAGGUGGAACAACAACCAAUUGUUCAAGAAUCAACAGCAACAACAACAACACAGGAAAAGUGGAUGAUGGAUGAUGAUGCACCUGCUCAAAAUAUUUUUGCUGUCAAUGAAAAGAGCCAAGUGGUAUCAGUAGCUGAUGAUGAACUGUUAUUCUUCCAACUUCCUGGUAUUGUACCAUCAUUUACUCUACCUUUAGAAGAUGAACAAAUGACAGAUAUUAAGACGGAUGAUGACAAACCGAACAAGGGUAAGGAAAAGGAACAAUUACCAGUGGCUGCACAAAUGGCAACAUUAAAGGAAAAAAUGGCCAAUAUGGAUUUAGCGGAUAUGCCUGAUGGACAAAUUGGUAAACUCAUGGUAUAUAAGAGUGGCAAGAUGAAACUUAAAAUUGGAAACAUUCUCUUGGAUGUGGAUCAAGGUAUGCGGUCAUCCUUUUUGGAAAACUUGAUGUCAGUUAACACGGAAAACAAAAAGGCAGUGGAACUUGGUCAUAUUGUACAGAAAUUCACUUGUAUUCCCAACAUGGAUGCGUUAUUAGAAGGCGAAGAAAAUAAAUAGAUGAUGUAUUGUUAGUAUAAUUGAUUUGUAUUCUUGUCAUUCGUUUUUUUUUUUUUCCUCACUUUGGGCGGC